CUUGAACAAUUCUAUGUAAGACAAGUGGAAAGAGUGUGCAAUACAUACCCAUUACAUUCAACAACAUCUCACUGUUUUUAAACUAUAUGGAGCUUUGAAUUCUAUAAAAAGCGCAUUCUCAAAGUCAGUUGAACCAAGUAGGAUAUACGAUCCCAGCCUAAACAAAAAUAGGAUGUACUACAAAAUAAUACUUAUAAAUGCACUGGAUAUAAUUAACAAACAACAAACUAAGCUACACACUUCUGGCCAUAAAAACACAAUAACUUUGGAACGACUCUGUUCUACCAAUUUACAUCAGUAGCUUCUUUCUGUAUAUACACAAUCAGCUUUAGUUAAACUCCCUUCAUCUCUAUCUGUUACAGCUAAUGUCUGUCUGAAAAAUUUCUGACGCGUGAAACAUACCAUACCAAAAAUAUUUAUAGACGUACAAAACAAAUCGGCUCAAACCAACCGAGUUGAUACUUAAAUUCAUUAAGCUACCUAAUAAUAGCUGUGAGAUAUGGCCGGAUUCCCCUCACUACCGCGUGUCAACGGCGAUACGGACGAUGAUGCAUCAAUCCACUUGAAUCGAACCGUGGGUCGAGCUCAACCUUUAACUAACAAGAGAAGUAGUAUUGUAAGCGAAGUCGAUCGGAAGAUUUAUGCUGCAUUACAUCAAACAAAUCAAUAUGAUAUUACUGAAAAAGAUGAAAAUGAAAAUGAAGAGGAUGCCGAUGGAAUCAAUGGCUCUCAUCAUGAAUUGAAUAAUUCUUUUGAACGAUAUCAACAGGAUAAUGCUAAUGGAUAUGCCAGCGAAGAGGAUGAUGAUUAUCAGUACAAUGACACUACAGAAGUUGAAUCAGAUGAUGAAUUAGAGAUCGAUUCAGAUUAUGAUGAUCGAGAACUUCAGGCAUUGAAUGAGAAGUUUCAAGCUUUAAAGCAUUUCAAUACUCCUAGGAAACCCCAGAGAUCGCCAUAUUCCAAAACAGAUAUUCCUAUAAUCCAGAAUCAGAAUCCUAAAGACGAUCUCAUAGGUCGUUAUAAAAGAUGGACAGUUCCUCACUUACAACCACCUUCAGAUAAUGUGCGAGAUCACAGUCCAGUUGAUUCAACCAAUCAACCUCACUAUGGAGUCGAAGAAAAAGAAGAUGGACAUGAUAAUGACGAAGAAAUAGAAGAGGAGGAAGAAGAACAAGAAAGCAAUUUAUUGGCAUCAUCCACUGGAGGUAAUGCCUCUACCAAAAAUAACCUUAUAACUUCAAUUAUGUCAGUCAAGUUACCUAUAUCAAACUGGAAAGUGUAUUUAUUAUAUGCAUUUAUAUCCUUUGUACCAACCUUUCUUAUAUUAAUAUAUCAGAAAGGCUUCAACUAUUCAGAAAAUGGUUCUCCAACUUAUCAUAUAAAUACUCGUCUCCAAAAAGAGACUGCUAAUUCUAUCAAUAAAUUACUAGAGAUUACCAAUAAAUUAGAAAACCGUCAAGAGUUCAUUGAAAACAAUCAUCAAUCCGAUUUGGCAGCUAUAAAUUCCAAGUUUGAUUUCAUUAAUAAUAAAUUUGAUUCUAUAGAAACUUCCAUUCAAGAAACAUCAAAACAGAUCAAAGAUUUUAAACAGGUUGUUAGUAAUACGAAAGUCACUAACAUAAACACAAAUUCAACUAGUGUGGAAGAAUUGAGAUCAUUUAUAGUAGAAAACUUAUCUUCUAUAAAGCAGGAGAUUUUAAAUGAUUUACUUGAAAGCUUACCUCAACUUAUUCCAGUCUAUAUAAAACAUGAUAAGAUACAUUUUUCAUCUCAAUUCCAUAAAUACUUAUAUAACUUUAUUGAUAAGUAUAUGGAGAACAAUCCCAAUAAUCAAACAUUACAAUUAAAUCAUUCAAAUAAUAAUGAUACUCUAACGAACAAAAGUUACUUAAAAAAAGAUGAACUUGAAAGAUAUCUCGAUAAGAGAUUCUUAUUUAAUAAUAAGUUUAUAAUUGAUAAGUUUAAUAACUUGGUUGAUAACUUAAAUCUUGCAGCAUCUUCAAAUACAAAUUCAACUGAAGAUAGCUUCACAGUAUUAAAAGAAUCAACCAAUAAACUUUUAUUGAAUCAAUUAUUGGAGAUAUUCUCUCAAGGGUCGGUUAAAGUAAAUUACGCUGAUUAUAGUAUUGGGGCUAGAAUCCUAGGAUUUUUAACGAGAUCUAAUUUAAAGUCAAAGUCAACCAGUAAUGCUUAUAAAUUAUUCUUCGGAUGGUACGAUUAUUUACAGUCCAAGCAUUAUUGGAAAUACAGUGCUAACUCUGCUCUUUUGGAUAAUGAUCAAUAUUGGACAUGUCAAUCUACCAGUGAAAACCCAUGUUCAGUCGGAAUUAGACUAUCAAAUUCAAUAAUAUUAACUGAUUUAAUAAUCGAUUUUUCCACCAUUGAUACUCAAGAAGAUUUCGAAGGAGAGAUUUCAGUUUGGAUUAAACCUAAUAACUAUAAAUUAGGAGAAAAGUUGUUAAAGUACUUGACAGAUUUGAAGUUUUCUGAUUCAACUGUAAGGAGUACUGAUAAAUACUUGAGAAAGUUUUUCAAGGUUAAAAAAUUUAAUGUAAUACAAACUUUCGAUAGAGAGGGAAAGACUAACCGAUUAAAACAUAUAAAAAUGCCUAUUAGUAUGAUUAAUUUAGGAGUACCAACUCGUGAUAUCUACAUUGAAUUCAGAGGUACUUCGACAAAUAUUGCCAAUUAUGAAAUUUCAAAUAUUAAAGCUUAUGGCAUAACAGAAUUGAAUGCUAAUAGAUAUGACAAACAAUUUUCCCUUGUGAUUGAUAAAAUGUAUCAAGAAGGUAAUCAGGAUAAUUUGUUUGAAGAGAAUGAUAUUGUUGAAGACUACAACUAUGGUAUUUACACAAAUAGACCAUAUGAGCUUUUGGACAAUGAUGAAGUCGUGUGAUUGCUAUUCCCCUAAUUAAUAAAGCUUUGUAUAUUAUUUGCCAAUUAACUACCUUUAACAUAUUAUUGUGUAUAUUACUAGUGUAUAUUUUAUGAAUGUAUUGUAAGAGUAUUUUGAUAUAAUUUGUCUUAAUUAGGCAAAAUGUCGGAUCUUUGUAUCUUUUGUCUGGCCGGGCUUUGGGGCAUUCACAAAAUAUUGAAAUUAUUCUUUU